AUGGCGGCAACAGAUGCAACUAGUACGACUGCUUCGUCGUCAAUGAGCCUGAGUAGAAAGGCUCUAGCAACCCCAUCCUCAUCCAGGUGGAUAUUCACUCAAGAACAACUCUUGAAUACGCCCAGCAUACGGGAAGGCAUGCAUCCCGAAGAGGAAUUGAAACGACGACGUGCAGCUGCACAAACAAUUCACCAAAUGGCUGAUCGCCUUAAUCACGACUCACGAGUACGGAUAUCACAGUUAUGUAUUUGUGCAGCAAUGAUGCAUAUGCAUCGAUUCUUCGUGUUUCAUUCAUUCUACAAAUUCGACCCGAGGGACAUUGCGGCUGCGUGUCUUUUCCUGGCUGGGAAGUCGGAGGAAUGUCCACGCAAAUUAGAGCACAUCGUACGUGUGUGGUGGGCAAUCAAGUUCCCACAUACGCCGAACUUGGAAACUAGUCGCUAUCACGAUGCAGCGCAGCUGAUUGUAACUCUAGAAAACGUUAUCUUGCAAACCAUCGCAUUUGAUUUGUCGGUCGAUAUACCGCAUACGUUCGUGCUGAAUCAUAUGCAGAACUUCGCACGCGGAAAUCGAAAGAUCUCUGAAAUUGCGUAUUGGUUCGCAAGUGACAUGCUCCAUAUGACGAAUUGGGGAGUUCGUUUUCCGGCACGAUCAAUCGCAUGCGUGUGCAUUCAUCUGGCUUGCCUUUGGGCUCAAUUUGAAGUGGGUUAUUUCAGUUGA